AUGUCGUAUGGUUGGGUGUGGAGAAAGCAAAUGCUGGUAUUCAUGGAGAUCACUUAUUAUCGUUUGACCAGCUGCAGUGGUCUGUUUCCUGUUGCAUUUGCGAUUGUUGAUUCAGAGACCACAGCCAAUUGGUCGUGGUUCUUGCAUGAACUUGGGAAGGUUGUUGAUGGUAAGUGCCAGAUUACUUUUAUUUCGGAUCGUAAUCUUGGUCUGUUAGAAGUUAUGCCAAAGGUGUUCCCAUCGGCUCAUCACAGUUAUUUCUUACAACACUUGAACAACAAUUUAAGAGACCGGAUGAAAGGAAUUGAUAAUGGAUUCAGGGACCACCUAGUAAGUAGUUUGGGUGACUGUGCUUACGAGCCAACUGUGGUAGGGUUCCAUGAAAAGCUUGCAAAAUUAAAAGAGGAGGGUAAACAACGAGCUCAUAAUUUUUUUAAGGACUUGGCACCUGAGCACUGGGCAAAUUCGUACUUCAGGGGCAUGCGUUAUGGGGAGAUGACAUCCAAUGCGGCAGAGUCAUUUAAUAACUGGAUUAAAGAAGCACGUAAUCUUCCUAUCACUCAAAUGGUGGACACAAUUCGUACUCAGUUGAUGCGGCAAAUGUCUGCACGGCGUGACCAAGCAAACAAAUGGAAUGAGCUUAUUUGUCCUACAUUCGAAACAAGGCUUAUGGAUUCGUUCAAUGACAGCAGGUCUUGCUAAGUUAGCAAAGCCAAUGACGAUGUGUUUGAAGUUCAUUCGGUACCAUCUGUUACUGUUGAUGUUACGAGGCAUACAUGUUCUUGCUUCAAAUAGCAAAUCAACGGAUUCCUAUGUGACCAUGCUGUUAUUGCCAUUCAGAAGAGCCGCUACAAUCUCAAUGAUUGUGUGGAACAUUACUUUCAUGUAGAGACAUAUCGUGCAGCCUAUUCGGAUGCCAUAUUCCCUAUACCAUCGGUGGAGAAGCCGCCUUUUGAUCCUACGGACUUCACUAUAUACCCGCCAACUGUGAAAAGACCACCCGGAAGGUCGAAAAAGAAUAGGAUCCCAUCAAGGGGCGAGAAACUGAAGCAAAUAAGGUGUGGGAGAUGUGAUAAGUUGUGGAGCCAUAAUCAAAAAUCAUGCACGGAACUAAUAUAGGAUGUACAUUUUUCAUUUCAACAUUGUGUUUUACAUUGGAUUUUUGUAUUCAUUUUUGAAAUAAGAUUGUGUCGGUUGGCAAAGAUUGUGUUGCAAUAAAAUUACGUUGU